AUGGUCCAUCAACCAAGUUCUUGGGAGCUCUCUCUUGACCGUGCGAAGCAACAAUUUCGCGAACAUCAAGAUCAACGACAUGAUAUCGAUACAAGAAGCCGUCCUAUCGACAGAAAGCAAAAUACAACACAACAGACCUCCGCAGUCAUGACUAGUGCAAGAUUUAAAUGUGAAGAAUACAACAGCCAUGUUGAUAACACCCUCUUUAAUUCGCGUCGUAUGGGAGGAAUCAACAAGACGAUUGAACCCCAAAGAAACAGCUGUGAGAAAUACAACUUCUGCACUGAUUCGAAUCGUGGUGAGAAAAGAGGUGGUCAAGCACAACAAGCUCCGAAUAUCCCCUCCAAUUGGAUUGCCGCGACCAGCACCAAGGAUAUAUCUGCUGCAGCUUCUCGUAAAGUUCUUGAUAGUGCUGGAAUUCGAGAUAUUAUGAUCCGACACCUCGGACUCAAUACUGAGAACCAGAAUCAAUAUGAUUCUGCAUCAAACACAACCCAUCCGCGAACCUUCUUGACAUCUUCUCGUCCAAGUAUGCCAUCCUCAUUCGCAUCGACCGCAUCCACUGAAAUUACGACCUCGGUACUUGAUCAAAACCAAUUUGAAAUGCUCAAUUGGAAUGGAGCUAUGUCAGCCACCCAGCCUAUAAGCAUGCCAAACAAUUUUCAUGAACAGGAAUUAUUCGCAAUGUCAUCACGAGACGGUUUGGUGUUGGAUCGAUAUCGGGAACAUAAGAAAGUAGACAGUCCAGCGUCCGUUUUUGUCCCAUCUGCGAUCCUCAAAGGGGAGCGCCGUUUUAUCAAACCCGAAAUGGCUCGUAAGGCUGCACAAGUUGGCAUUUCUCUCAAUCCAAAUUAUAAAGGUGAGCUCACCAACUUCAAUCUUCGAAAUGCGAUGUGUCUCGACCACGAAAACUGCUCCGUGAGAAUUCAUAACAUCCCUGCAAAAGCUAGUCAUUCCGAGAUCUUCGGCGUCGUUACCCAUGGCAAAGUCUUCUCAUUCAAUUACAUCCCCGCCGUGGAGAAUGUCUUCGCACAUGCGGCUGCCGAUCUUGUCUUCCUUACACGAGAGGCGGCAGAAUAUUUUAUCAACGAUGCCAAGUUCGGCCGGGGCCUCUACAUUCGCGAUCAGAAGAUAAAAGUGUUGUGGAACAGAGUCAAAGUCUUGCCAGCGGAAGGUCGAUAUGAGAGAAUGUCGAGAGUUGUGAGAAUCAAAGGUCCGGCCAAUGGCUUUUCGGUGGAAAUCCUUGUAAGAUUCUUUCGAAGUAAGUUUGUGUUCGAUCUCAUCACCAGCGAUGAAUGGGUCCAGUGGGAUGGUUGCAAGAUUAUUGAAUUGGCAUUUUCGUCUAUUCGGAGUCAAAGUGAGUCGGCAAUGAAAAGCUUUAAGCUUUAUGUUAACCAGAACAUGCCUAAUGCUGGAUAUCACAUCUGGUAUGCUCCCGAUCCAUGCUGCGAACUAAUCAUGGUGGCAACCUCCGAUUGUCUGGGAAUUAGAGAUAGUGCCUUUCAGUGGUAA